ACACAUUCUUGCCUCGUCUCAUUGAAUUAUACACGUCGCUGAACGAUGCCAAUGUCAACGCCAGCGGAUCCAAUCAUACCCGUGAGGGAGCGCGACUUCCGCGUCGCCAUCGUCGGCGGGGGAAUAUGCGGUCUGCUAUGUGCCAUCGGGCUCACCAAGGGAGGCUUCAAGGUAGACAUCUUCGAGUCAGCUUCUAAAUACGGGGAGGUCGGCGCGGGCGUGGGCAUCGGACCCAAUGCCGUGCGGGUGCUGAAGGCCCUCGGCGUGCUCGACAAGGUCAUCGCGCACUCGGACGAUAGCGGGCCCACGAUGCGAUCGUUCCGGUUUAUUUAUGGCACCGGGGAGAGUGAGACCGUCUACACUUACCCGACGAAGGAAAGAGACCUUGGGCUCGGGAUCCACCGCGCCGCGCUCCUCGAUGGGCUUAUAGAGACGCUUGACACCGCCCGCGCGCAGACGCACUUCGAUAAGCGCUGCAUCUCAAUCGCCGAUGGCGCCGACGAGCACAAGCACAGGUACACGCUCCACUUCGCCGACGGCACCACGCACGCAGCGGACAUCGUGCUCGGCGCCGACGGCAUCCGGAGCACGGUGCGCCGCUUCGUCGUCGGAGACGCCGUGGCCGAGCGCGCGCUCGUGUACACGAACACGGUCGCGUACCGCGGGCUUAUUGACGCGAAGCGUUUGGUGGAGCUCGGGGUAAAGACAGAGCUCACGCCGCUGCCGAUAUGCUGGAUCGGCGAGUCGAAGCAUAUGAUCACGUUUCCCAUCAAGAACAACACGACAAUCAACGUUGUCGCCUUCGUCUCGGACCUAACGCGCCCCAUCGGCAGCACCGCGCUCCCGCCCGGCACGCCGUGGGUCACCCCCGUCCCGCAGGAGGAGCUUCUCGAGCAGUAUGCGGACUGGGGCGCAGACGCACAGCACAUCCUGCGGUGCCUCGAGCAACCGAGCAAGUGGUCGAUCCACGGCGUGUAUCCGCAGCUGGAGCACUACGUGCGCGGGAGAGUUGCGGUGCUGGGAGAUGCGGCCCAUGGGAUGCUCCCGCAUCUCGGCGCAGGCGUCGGACAGGGCAUUGAGGACGUCUAUGUCCUCACGCGCCUGCUCUGCCAUGCGCAGACAACCGUGACCAACGUAGAGGCUGUGCUGAACGUAUACAACGACGUUCGCGUGCCCCGCGCGACCUUCGUCUCGCGCGAGUCCAAGCGCGCGGGCGACAUUUACGACGGGCACGGAGAGUCGGGGGCGUCCCCCGACGGUGUCAGAGGGGAUAUUGGACUGAUGUGGGAGAAAGUGUGGCAUCAUGAUUUAGAAGCGGACGUGCAGAGCGCGGUGCGCUCGCUGCAAGCCCAAGGAGUGUUCAAGAAGGAGAAAGAGAUGAGAAGGAAGAAGGUAUCUGGGCUGGUAAAGCGUGUAUUGGCUUUUUUCAAGGUGUAGAUGAUAGGAAAGUCCGAGAAAGCCGUGUUAUCAAUGUCUAUUAGCUAAUUGUGAGGACAUGAUGGACAUGGAAAGGACUCUCCUCGUGCAGCUGACCACACGAAGCACUCAAAACGAGGAUGAAU